UCGGAUCCUCCCCUCAGGCACCCCUCAUAACUCCUAACUGCCAUCAUGGGCGCUCAGUUAAUAUAUCAAUGAUCCUUCGGUAGCUAUCUUAUGGUUAUUUUUAUUUUAUCUUUUUUUUUUCGCAUCCCCCUGAUCCCAUGUAUCGCUAUCAAUUCCUUUCUUCCUAUCGACAGACACCGGCCGUCGCCACACCCACAUCCACCCCCCCUGGCGCCAUCUCCAGUCGAUCGUCUCAACGAAGGAUGGAACUCCUUCCCAUUUGAGGCGAAAGUCAAGACGAAUAGCCCAACCCAUCCCAUGCACGCCGCUCAAAGCGGCCAUCUAGUGGAUCGCAGAAUCCCCGAUCCCUCGACCCGACGACCAGGUCAAGCAGACUUGGUCCAUGCACAACAUCUCAGAUCCGCCUCGUCUAUCGCUCUUCGUCAGGUUCUAUCUCGCGUCCAGCUUCACAUUCAUUGGCGAAGCCCCGGAAUAAAAUGCCGUGCCGCCCACCUUGAUUCUUCCCAGAUCUGCGAAUGCUCCGCGAAGGUUUCAGACAAGAGAUAGGCUUUGGUAGUAUGGUUUCCGGAGGUUUCUUCCGCUGAUAUACCUACACCUAUCUACCCAUAACCCAAGAAGGGAAGACUAGCCACGAUAUCACCUACUAGUCUUCAGUACAAUGGUUUGCUGUCCCCUUUUUUUCUACGCUGAAUGACUAGAUCAGGUAGCAGAUCAAAUCAUGACGCCAUUGACGCCCCGCGACGCAAGGGAGAGUAACUUUAUU